AUGCUUGCCUCCCUCGCCUCCGGUGUCGACUGGUCCUCGACGACCAUCGAGGAGAAGGCCGGCAUCAAGUACAAGAGCAGUGCCGGCACCUCCCAAGCUCUCGAGACCAUCUUCAAGAACGCCGGCGUCAACUCGGUCCGCCAGCGCGUCUGGGUGAACCCGUCCAACGGCGACUACAACCUCGACUACAACCUCGCCCUCGCCAAGCGCGCAAAGGCCGCCGGCCUCUCCGUCUACCUCACCCUGCACUUCAGCGACACCUGGGCCGACCCGACCAAGCAGGCCAUCCCGUCCGGAUGGCCCUCUGAUAUCGAGAACCUCAGCUGGAGGCUCUACAACUACACCAUGGACGUCAGCAACGCCUUCCAAAAGGCCGGCGUCCCGCCCGCCAUCAUCUCCAUCGGAAACGAGAUCCGCGCGGGCCUGCUCUUCAACACGGGCAAGACGUCCAACUGGUACAACGUCGCCAAGCUCCUCAACUCGGCCGCCUACGGCAUCAAGGACUCGACCCUGAGCCCCAAGCCCAAGAUCAUGAUCCACCUCGACAACGGCUGGGACUCGAACCUCCAGGCCAACUGGUACACCAGCCUCUUUGCCCAGAACGUGCUCAAGACCACCGACUUUGACAUGAUGGGCGUCUCCUACUACCCCUUUUACGGAUCCGGCGCCACCCUUGCCGCGCUCAAGUCGAGCUUGUCCAACUUGGCCUCCAAAUGGGGCAAGGAGAUUGUCGUCGCCGAGACCAACUGGCCCACGAGCUGCCCCAGCCCCGCCUACGCCUUCCCGAGCGAUCUCAAGAGCAUCCCCUUCUCCGCUGCUGGCCAGACCACCUUCCUGAAGAAGGUUGCCGAGGUUGUUGCCGGUGUCAGCAACGGAAAAGGCCUCUACUACUGGGAGCCCGCAUGGAUGAACAACCAGGCCCUCGGCUCUAGUUGCCCUUCCAACACCCUGUUCGCGUAUCCCGGUACCGCCCUGUCUAGCUUGGAUACCUUCAAGAGUAUCUAA